AUGGGGUCGAACCCCCCACACCACCGCGUCAUCCGGAUCGUCCCACCCCCCCUUCAUCCUCCGGAUCCCCACCCACCUCUCCAUAGCCGGUCCCAUUCCACCCUCUCCUCGGUGCCGACGCACGACCACGCCUUCGUCGUCUCGCUUUCGCACCCACCCGAGGCGACACGGCCUACCGUGGCCUCGGUGUCCCACCACAGCCGGCUGCUCACUCGAGAGAGGUUUCCGCCAGCCGCUGACCCCAUCUCCUCCGCGGUGAGCGCCAGCGACCUCACAGCUCGUCGUGACCCGGUCCCACACCGACCCUCUCCUCCACCCCGGUCCCCCCCCACCUAUCUCCACCUCCAUCCCCCGGUCUCCCACCCCACCUCUCCUCGGGUCCCCACCCAACCUUCCGUCCGUCGCACCCCCACGCCCUUCUCCGCUUCGCCCACCCACCUCUCCUCGGUCCCCAUCCACCCCUCUCCUCGGCUCCCUCGACACCACCCUCUCCUUCGGUCCCACCCACCCUCUCCUCGGUCCCCAACCACCCUCUCCUCCCGGCUCCCCCCAACCACACCCUCUCCCUCGUCCCCCACCCACCCCUCUCCUCGUAACCUGGCAGACCACCCCUGUUCACCUUCAUCCUUGGGCCUUUGA